UUGAUUAACUGGAUCAUAUUAAUUACUAUAAAUUGAUAAUCAACUACGGAGUACGAUAAUUAUAAAAAUUAUAUUAUACAAAUUUGCGCAAAUGGCUAGAGCUACCACAUCAACCUCCUUCAUCAUAACAAUUGUGUUAGUAGUAUUACUGAAUACUUCAGCUCCGGCAGUUGCCGUUGUUAAUGAACCAUGUAGGGGGCCCAAUGAAGUUUGUGGAGGCUUCGUCGGAUUUGAAUGUUGUGCAGGAUUAGAUUGCAGACUCGAGGGUGACUUCAGUGAAUCGGAUAGAAGUGGAGUUUGUGUGCCACCAGAUCAAUCAUGUCCAACGGCCGGCCAACUUUGUGGUAUCACUGGCACUGGUGUGCUUUGCUGUAGAGGACUUGAAUGUGUGCCUGAUGUUGAUUUUCCGACUUUACCCGGAAUAUGUCGUACUACGGGAAAUCGUUUCAUAAAACUAACUUAUUAGUUAAUUAAGAAUCAAAUUUCAAUAUCAAUGUAUCUGGAUGUAAGUUAAUGAUGUACUUUAUGAAAUAAAUUUAAUCAAUAAUGGAUCAUGGACUGUUUUUUUCGGAA